GAUAAUCAACGAUGGAGCUCCUGGUGUCACAAAAGUCGGUCAGUGAUUGUUCUUCGCAGUCGGCCACCUCUCGCCGACCAAGCACAGGAAUCGUGAACCCUGCGGCUACCGUGGAUUUCGAUGACAGCUGCAGUAUUAUCAGCGAUAUCUCGAAAAUUCCUCGCGUGCCCGGUGAUGGGGCUCAAGCGGAGGAUGUCGUACCGUCGAUCGUUGGUUCGGUUGACCUGGAGAAUCGGAAGCAGGAACAGCUUCCGCAGCUGCCCUUACAGCAGCAACCGUUGAGUAAUGGAGAUUUGCGGCCUGGCGCGGCGGUUGCGAUAAUGUGCCAAAGUGAGGUCAAUGGGAAAGAGCUGAAAGAUGACCCACAGAAACAGAACGGUCUUUCCACGCCCGUGACGAUGGACGACAGUAAAAGUAAGAGUAGGGGUCCUUCACCGCCGCCUCCUGGCGGAGGAGCAGACGAUGAAGGCGGAGGUGGUGGCGGUGACGUUAGUGGCGCGGUAAUACCCAACAGUACUGCGUUACCGCCGCUCAGUAGCAACACCUAUUCGGCCUUCAAGCGGGGCAACGUAAUUAAAGGUAUUCUGUGUCCAUCUAUGACCAACUCCUUCCGAGCACCAUCACUUGAGCGAUCCUAUUUGACCUACUCUCACCGACAGAGGCAGAAAUCGCUCAUUCUUGUUAAUGUUGUCGAUUUGGUGCUCAAGAUCGUGCUGGCAUCAGUCUGGAUCGGAUUCAAUAAACCAACGACCGUGAAAGCUCACGAGAUCACCUGGUCGGUGUGCUGUGUCAUUUCCAACUUCCUCAUCUGUGUCCUGGGAAGUUGGCGACUGUUUGCCAACAACUAUCUGCACUGGGCUGCAGUAUGUACCUGGUUACUGCUGAAUCUGCAAGGUUUCAUCGGUGAAGGAAUGGGUUUCGCCGAACGGGAGUACCUGAUUUGGUACGUCCUAUUCAUAAUCUUCGUGCCAUACGCUAUGUUACCGCUGCCGCUGAAGUGGUGCAUGAUUGCCGGCUCGGUAACUGCCAUCUGUCAUCUAAUAGUUACGACGAUCAACAAGUUUUUGCAUGAGAAGGAUACAACAUGUAUCGUACGUCAGAUGAUUGCUAACUCGCUGCUCUACCUGGCGAUUAACUUUGCCGGGAUGUACACCAAGUACUUAACGGACCGUGGCCAGCGAUUGGCAUUCAUCGAAACCCACAAGGCUAUGGAGCACAAGCGGGAAUCGGAGAAAGAAUACCAGCGGACCCAGCGGUUGCUAGAUUCCAUUCUUCCAAUGUUCGUCAACAAUGACAUCCGCAAGGAAAUGUACAAAUCACCGGAACAGCAGGCCCAGGUGGACACCCAAUUCAAGAAGCUAUACAUCUAUCACAUGGACAACGUUAGCAUCCUGUUUGCGGACAUCAAGGGCUUCACCGAGCUGGCGAGUAAGACUUCGGCCCAGCAGUUGGUGAAGAUAUUGAACGACUUGUUUGCGCGGUUCGACAAGAUUGCCGAGGAUAACCAUUGCUUGCGGAUAAAACUGCUGGGGGAUUGCUACUACUGCGUGUCGAUGUUCGACAGUCAAAGUUGGAAAAGUCGACCGGAUCAUGCGGUUUGCAGUGUAGAGACGGGUUUGCAUAUGAUUAAGGCGAUAAAGGAUGUGAGAGCGCAAACGAAUGUGGUUGACUUGGAUAUGCGAAUCGGAAUUCACAGUGGCUCGGUGAUGUGUGGAGUGCUAGGCGAAAAGAAGUGGCAUUUUGACGUGUGGUCGAACGAUGUGAUCAUAGCGAAUCACAUGGAGUCGGGUGGGGUUCCUGGUAGGGUGCACAUAUCGGAAGCGACGCUUAAUUGUUUGAAUGAAACGUACGAGGUCGAGCCGGGAAAUGGAGCCGGCCGGGAUAGCCAUCUGAAGAUGAUGAACAUUAAAACAUAUCUGAUCAAACGGACCGAACCAUUGCGGCCCCGGAAAAGACUGAUGAAUCGAAUGAGCACCCUACAGUUUGAGAAGGAAGCUAUUAGUAAACUUAACGAAUUGAGGCUUAGAAAGGACUCGAAAACGCCGAGCGUAGCGUCGAGCGGGGCCAACCAUAAUCAUAUCACUAAGCGUAGCUCGAAAUCUACGAUACAUGAAGAUGAGACGACAACCGACUGGACGCCGGAGAUUCCGUUCAAAAACCUAAGUCAGGCAGGAGUGAACACAGCGGAAAGCUUCCGAGAUAAACAAAAGUAUGAUCCGGAGGACAGUAUUCCAUCAACGGAGGAAGUAGACGAAAUCAUCGAUCAGAAUAUUCAGAUCAAUUCGAACAAGCAGAUGCGUAUGGAGUACUUGUACACUUGGACGCUCAAGUUCAAGGAUUCCUCGCAGGAGGGAACAUUCUGUCAGCUUCGCGAGGACAUGUUUCGAUCCAACAUGCUGUGCGUGUUUGUAGUUUGGAUAUUCAUUGUACUCUGCCAGGCUGUGAUAAUUCCAAGGUGCACGGUUCUAAUUGUGUCGCUUUCGAUAACGACCUUCGUCCUGACGAUUGGAUGUGUUCUUGUUAUGGCCGAAGAAUUUUCGGCGCUUCCGGUUUUUCUUCAGAAAAGUUCGUCCACGUUAGUGCACGAUCGAAAGCGGCGAACCAUCUUCGUUUGUAUCACCAUCAUUCUAAUGUCCGCUGCUAGUUCAAUGGGUUUAAUUAUGUGCGAUUUGGAAGAAACUACUCCGGCGAACAAUACGGUGACUAGAGAAGCGUCUACGGCAUUGCUUCAGGGCGCAGGUUCCAAGCAAGAACUACAGCUGAAUUUGACCGUUACCGCUACCAUCAAUCAAAAUCUGGUGUUGAACUCGAACAAAGUUGUGAGUUUCGAUCUUGAGUUGUUGUUGAAUGAAGAGAACAAAACGUUGAAAGAUCUUACCGAACAAGAUCUCCGAUUGUACGGACUUACACCUCUCUUCGUUGAUAUACCCCAAAGCUUCAAAGUGUCUGUGUACAAUUUAUCUUCCGAGGAUUCACUGCUGGACAGAGAUCUUCCGACUAAGCUUCCUCCACAUCUUCCAACCAGCCACGACCCGCAGUUAACAUCCAAAUGCGUCCAUCCGGAGUAUGUCGUUUUUACAUGGGUACUCUGCCUGAUUUCUCUUGCUACGGCUCUAAAACUUUACUAUCUAGUGAAAACGUUCAUGGCGAUCACCAUGGUUGCCUGCUAUUCGAUCCUAAUUCUGGUGGUGUUUAAGAAGGUGUUCGAAACAUUUGACACCCAGUUUAUGGAGGCUAGCGGAAUGCCGUUGGCUGCCCAGAUGAUGAUUCUGUUGGUAGUGUUCCUCACCAUGGUCACCUAUCAUGCACGGUUGGUGGAAGUUACUUCCCGGCUGGAUUUUAUCUGGAAGGAACAAGCCGAGAAGGAGUUGUCCAACAUGAAAUCCAAUCGACAUUUGAACGAUCUGUUGAUCAAGAACAUUCUUCCGGAUCAUGUGGCUUCGUACUAUCUGUCGGAAGAACGCACCGAUGAGUUGUACGCUCAGAUGCACGAACUGUGCGGAGUGAUGUUUGCUUCCAUUCCUAACUUUAAGGAUUUCUAUUCGGAGGAUAUCGAAAACGGAAAGGCUUGUAUUCGGAUUUUGAAUGAAAUUAUAUCGGAUUUCGAUUCGCUUUUGGAGGAGUCCCGGUUUGCCACGGUGGAGAAGAUCAAAACGGUCGGUGCAACGUACAUGGCAGCGUCGAAUUUGUGCUCCGGAAACAAGACGAAAGUAGAUGAGAAAGACGAGGAAGCUGUCUGUGAUUUGGUGGAGUUUGCGCUGGCUAUGCGACAGAAGCUACAGGAAGUCAACAAAGAUGCAUUCAACACGUUCCAGCUAAGAGUAGGCAUUAGCAGUGGUCCACUGGUAAGUGGGGUAAUUGGGGCUCGAAAGCCAGUCUACGACAUCUGGGGAAACACUGUGAAUGUAGCGUCGAGAAUGGAUUCAACCGGGGAGAAUUGGAAGGUACAAGUUCCGGACUACACGGCGGCGCUACUACAGAGCAAAGGAUACACGUGUGUGCCACGAGGUGAAGUGAAUGUUAAGGGAAAAGGUCUAAUGCUAACCUACUGGGUAUUGGGCUUGAAUGUUUCCGCAAGUCAAUUAACCUCACCUGCCCUGGUGCCCGCUGGAGUGCCUCAAGCUCAAACACCUUCCUUGCAGAGGCAAAUAUCGCAACACAGUUCUCUGGCAGCUGUUGUGUUUGGCAUGAUGCAGGCCUCCAAGAGGAGCAAUCUUAACACAACCCCAACCGCAACGCCUUCACCGAGAACCCGGUUCGGGCGACGGGGAAGCACAUUCAGCUCAGUGAGAUUGAGUCAGAAAGUGCAGUCUAACAAUCCCAUCCGGAGAAACACGACCCGAGUGCGGGUGCGAAGUUACACCAUGAAAAAGCCGACAAUUCCCCGUUCACCGACGGUACAGUUCCCCCCGUGUGGAGUGGAAGCGGACGCGGACAACAAUGUGAUACCAUCCUUCCGGCAGCUACAUCAGAACGUCAAAGAGGAACAGACUGGACUGUGAAAGAAGAAUAGUUUUUUUUGACAAAUAUUUGUAGAUCUUGUCUAGGGUUUACGUAGAUUUAUCUAGUAGCCAAAUAGUAUGUUCUAGUCAUUAGAGUAAAGCACGAAUAACAUAUAUUGAGCACUUUUACAAUAUGCACAACAACAUAAAUCAAGUCAUAACCGGGUCCAACCUUGAAGGAACCCUGGAGAAAAGGAAUGCAAUGUUUUAGCACAAUUGGAGAAUUUAUGGUAGAUUGUAUGACAAACCGAAAUGAAAAAAAAAAUCAAACAAUUACUGAAACCAACCACAAAACUACUAAUCACAAUAACGACUGAUAACAGACGUUUGGGCUACUGGCAGCUGCUAUCACAAAUGUAGUCGGGCGUGUUUGGCUAAAAGAAAGUAAAGGUUUGUAUAUGGUGCUGUAAGCGAUGCUCUGACACUGAAGCGCAACUGUCAAAUUGCGUGUAGCAAAUAGUUUAGUUAGUAGAUGGCAAUAGUGAGCCAAUGAUUUCCAUGAUUUCGAAUUGAAAGGUUACAAUUUUUUUUUGAACUCCCUUAGCCUAAACGUCUAUUAUCUACGGUAUAACCUCAAAAUUGCCAUCGAUAAACUGCAGUAAAAUGGUUUCAACAACCUAACCACAGAAAACAGACGUCCCUUGCGAAUCGUUGAGUUGAGUAAAACAUAAUGGUCUAUUUAAAGUCGAGUGGUAUACUGGUGCCGUGUGCUGUACUGAGUUGGACUGCAUUCACACCUGAUUACAAAGAGAUUUCAAAAUAGUUACACUCUAGUUUUAUGAGGAUAUGGCGGCGGCAGUUUUUUACUAUCACGUAUUAAAAGUCUGUUUUCUGUGUUUUAUCCAAAAGUAAAGUGAAGCUAUAAGAUUUUAGUAAUUUGCAACCAAACAAAAAAUCAAAAAUUUAUUGUCAAUAUACAAAGCGGUCGGGUUGGAAAUUGACUUAAUUUUUUUUUGUUUUGUAAAACUGGUAUCAAUUUUCUCAGUAUAUAUAGUAGUUCAAAUCAUAAACAAAAUCUACUGACAAGACACCUAAAUGUGAUUCUCAAUGUGUAUUUUUAAGUUUGAAGAAGCACCUUCACCGUUAUUAUACAUUACAAGAAACUGUAUGGAAUAGGUGUUACGCCAAAUGCAAGAAAAUAUAUUAAUCAUUAUACCACAA